UGUAAAACGCCCCUUACUGUCAACUCAAAUGAGGUUAUGUCCCAAAUAAAUUAUAAUAUUUAUUAUAAUGCCACGAUAAGCUUGCUCGUCUCGCCCCCAUAAUGAAGUUCGCGCUCCCCUUCGCCAAAUACUUGAGUACCAACCCCAAACUUAACCCCAAAAUUUGUAUCGUGGGGUCAGGGCCUGCCGGGUUUUACGCCGCCCAGUACAUGGCCAGCCGCCUCCAAACCGCCCAAAUUGACAUUUUCGAGCGGCUGCCGGUCCCUUUUGGUUUGGUAAGGUUCGGGGUGGCCCCAGACCACGCCGACUUGAAAAAGUGCUCGAAUGGGUUUGCGAAGACUGCGCUUUUGAAGAAUGUGAGGUUCGCCGGGAACGUGGGGCUGGGGAGAGACGUGUCUUUGAGGGAGUUAAAGGAGGCCUACAAUGUAGUCUUGUUGACAUAUGGGGUGGAUGAUAGUUUGCAGUUUGACGUGAAGGGGAAGGAUUUGGGGAAUGUUUUCCAGGCGAAAGACUUCGUGGGGUGGUACAAUGGGGUACCGUGGAAUAAAGAUCUGCCGGUGGAUUUGUCGGGUGAAAGGGCGACGGUGUUUGGACAUGGCAACGUCGCGAUUGACGUAGCAAGGAUUUUAUUAUCACCAAUUGAUAAAUUAAAGACGACUGACAUCACUGAGCACUCUCUAGCUUUGCUAUCAAAGUCGAAAAUCAAAGAAGUGUCCCUGAUAGGUCGCAGGGGCCCCCUUCAGGUGUCUUUCACAACCAAAGAACUCCGAGAACUUCUAAAUCUCAAAGACUGUUGCAACGUCUGGCAGCCCGAAUACAUGCUCACCGUUCCCGAAGUAGUCCCCCUGUUAGUCAAACCCAGAAAACGCUUAACAGAACUCAUGGUACAAAAAUUCGAAUCCCGGAAGGACCCCCAACCCGACGAAAAACAACUAAAAAUGAUAUUUUUGCGUUCCCCGGUUGAAUUUCUGGGUGACCAUAAAGUCAAAGGGGUUAAAUUAGUCAUAAAUAGGUUAGAAGGCGACGACUUACUCAACAAAAAAGCCGUUUCUAUAGAUAUAGACGAAACCGUGGACACUAGUCUUGUGGUCAGUAGCAUCGGGUACAAAUCCAUCAAAGUUGAUAACGAUAUACCAUUUGAUGGUAAAAAGAACAUAGUUAGGAACACCCAUGGGAAGGUUGAAGAUGGGGUGUAUGUGGCUGGGUGGUUGGGGCGAGGGGCGGCUGGGGUGUUGGCGCAUACCAUGGAGCACGCGUUUGGAGUGGCUUCCAUCAUCAUUAAAGACAUAGAAACUGCACAGUUAACACCAAAACCAGGGUUUGACCAUGCGGCUAAAAUCCUAGAACACAAAAAUGUGCAAGUGGUUACGUGGCAGGAUUGGUUGAAAAUCGACGAGUUUGAGAGGGGGGAGGGUCAGAAGGUGAAUAAGCCGCGCGAGAAGGUAGUUGAUAUUGAACAGAUGCUAAAAAUUGCCGCUUCGUAGCAAUAGUGGCACUGUUGACUAAUUUAAGAAUAAACGUGCGGGAUUUUAGAAACUUAUAUCGGUGUGGUUUUAUUUUUAUACCAUUUUAAAUAAAAUCUAUUUUGUUUUA